AUGUCGAUGGAAAGCUAUCCAGAGAUCGAGGCUGUUCCACCAGCACCUCCUCGCUCUACAGUCUGGUCAACGGGGAAAGCACGUCAACCAUCUUACGUCCUCAGAUGGGCUGCUGCGAUCUUCUCUGCCUUCCCACUACACACAUAUCCCGCUGCCAAAGUCUAUUCACCGUCGAUCUCGGCGCUUCCGGUCAAGCCCACGCUCUACGUUGCUCCUCACUUGAAUCGUGACGGUUCCCUUUCCAGCGUUCAAGACGACGCCAGCUCGGCCUUAGACCUUGUCGAAGACGAGGAAAGCCUUGGUCAGCAACUUUCCGGCUGGACAAGCAGUGACCCUAUUGCAUUGCGUUGGCAGAUGGAACUCCGUUUCCGCGAUAUCGACUUUGAGGUCCGCUUCAUCCACCCCUCCCACAACUGGGGACCCGCCAAAUCUAUGCCAUUCCUACAUCUUCCAUCGCGCUUCCGUCUCGGCACUGAUGCGGUGGAAAGCACUGCUUCUUCUUCGCUCCUCUCCGCUAUCGAUAUCCCACAUCUGAUCGACAACUACUAUCCCGCUUCUCGACCGGAACUUGGAGAGAAAGCGACGUCAGCAUGGCCACAUGCGUCGACAAAGCUCGAAGCAAGAAGCUGGGAGAACAUGAUCAAAGGCCGAAUCAUGGCUGGUGUCUUGCUUGCUGUCCUUCUCUCGCCUCAAUCAGCAGUGUAUGCGCAGACCGACUCGCAGCCCUAUCUCUCCUCGCUACUCUCUGCCCAGCUGCAGAAUUCUUUCCUCGACCAACAAUUGCGGCGCAUUUCAGCACUCAACCCAACCGCAUCUACCUCGACUUCAAGCGCAGGUAGCUCCUCUUCUGCAGCUCAGCCAACUACGAAACUUCCAGGCUGGGAGGUGGGCUUCCUUGGCUGGAUUGGCGCCACCACCGCAUCUGCCGCAUCGGCUCUCUCCACUUCAGACCUUGAAUCGCGUGGCGGAGGAGACACUCCCGGUGCAGCUCUGGCUAGCCCUUCGGUGGACCAGGAGAAGAUUGCCGUUGAUGCUAUUGCUGGCUUGCAAGCGCUCGCUGCUCGAACCAAAGCUCAUCUGUCUGAGAGCUCAUCUCAAGUCCAGUUCCUGCUGGGAGCCGACAAGCCAACUUCACUCGAUGCACUGGCAUUCAGCGUCAUUCACACAAUCUUAACAUUGGCAGCUACGCCUCAGUCGCAAGGAAGCCCAAACGACCCGCUCAGAAAGCUCAAGAAGGUGCUCGAUGAAAGCCCGUGGCUGGUGCAGUGGUCUAGGAAGAUGUGGAAGGCUUAUGUCAAAGAUCUGGACCGCUCUUGA